AUGAGCAUCAGGUAAUAUAACACACUUGCUAAUACACAGUUAAAUCAAUAAAUAAACUCACCGUCAAAAGUUAAGUCCUCUGUUAAUUUUCAAUUAAGAGACAACUCAAGAGGCUCGAGAUUAGAUAUAAUUUAAUAGAGUAAUGUACUAGGAGAUGAGAUGGAUACACUUGGAGAGAUGAUAAAUAAAAGAAAAGUCUUAUUGAAGCCUUAGAAGUAAAAUCCAGCAAUAACUCUGACAAAUCCAUCACCUAAUAAUGACCUAAACUUUACUACAAAGCAUGAUAGUGUUAUUGGUAUGAGUUUUAAUCCUUCAUUUGAGAAAUCACCUCUCUAAACUUAAAUUCAAAGUAAAACAAUAUUACCUUCACUUGACCAGGCUGCAAAUUCAAAUAUCCAAUAGAAUAACGUGGAAGAAUUGCACAUGAAUCUAAAUUUCAAUCAAAAUGAAUAGAAGCACAAUGAAAGUUAUAAAUAACGAAGAGUAAAAGUUAAAAAUCUUAAAAUUCCAAGAAUAAAUGAAUAUUAGAGACGAAAGCAGGAAUGA